CCCGCGCCGCGCCCGCCCCCGGAGCCCGGCGGAGCCCCGGCGGUGCCUGCUCGGCAGCGGCGGCAGCAGCAGCCAUGAAGUCGCUGUGUCUGGUCACCGUGGGGGUCCUGGCCAUGACGCUGCUCAUCGCCAGCAUCUCCCUGCUGGUCGCGCACGUCUUCCAGACGGUGGUGGAUCUGCAGGUGAAGCAGGGAACAGUCUUGAAGAAUGGCACAGAAACCUUUGAGGCCUGGGAGGACCCUCCUCCCCCAGUCUACAUGCAGUUCUACUUCUUCAAUGUGACAAAUCCUUUGGAAGUGCUCCAAGGCGCCACUCCUCUCGUGGAGGAAAUAGGACCAUACACCUACAGAACUAAUCAGAAAAUCAAGACUGAUGCCAUGGAGGUUUUCCGGGCAUUUGUUUGA